AUGGCUGCCAACUGGAUGAUCCACUGCCUGUGGCCUUUGGCUGUCCUGGUAGGACCAACAGGUAGCCACAGCCUGUUCUCGUGUGAGCCCAUCAUCCUGAGGAUGUGCCAGGAUCUUCCUUACAACACAACAUUUAUGCCUAACCUUUUGAAUCAUUAUGAUCAGCAAACAGCAGCUCUAGCGAUGGAGCCAUUCCACCCAAUGGUGAACCUUGAUUGCUCCCGGGAUUUUCGACCAUUCCUGUGCGCUCUCUAUGCGCCUGUUUGCAUGGAGUAUGGCAGAGUCACCCUCCCAUGUCGCAGAAUUUGUCAGCGGGCAUAUAAUGAGUGUUCAAAACUCAUGGAGAUGUUUGGUGUGUCUUGGCCAGAGGACAUGGAAUGCAGCAGGUUCCCCGACUGCGAUGAGCCGUACCCUCGUCUUGUCGAUCUCAAUGUUGUUGGAGAACCAACGGAAGAGGCGCCGGUGGCCGUGCAGAGAGACUAUGGCUUCUGGUGCCCCCGAGAGCUGAAAAUAGACCCCGAUCUGGGCUACACCUUCCUGCGGGUACGGGACUGCUCCCCUCCUUGCCCAAAUAUGUAUUUCAGGCGCGAGGAGCUCUCUUUCGCACGGUACUUCAUUGGCGUGAUCUCCAUCGUCUGCCUUUCGGCCACCUUGUUCACUUUCUUGACUUUCCUGAUCGACGUCACGAGGUUUCGCUACCCAGAAAGGCCCAUCAUCUUUUACGCCGUCUGCUACAUGAUGGUGUCCCUCAUUUUCUUCAUCGGCUUCUUACUGGAGGACCGGGUUGCCUGCAACGCCUCCAGCCCCACCACGUACAAGGCCUCCACCGUGACGCAGGGCUCUCACAACAAAGCCUGCACCAUGCUCUUCAUGGUGCUCUAUUUCUUCACCAUGGCCGGGAGCGUGUGGUGGGUGAUCCUCACCAUCACUUGGUUCUUGGCAGCUGUCCCCAAGUGGGGCAGCGAGGCCAUUGAGAAGAAGGCUCUGCUGUUCCAUGCCAGCGCGUGGGGCAUCCCGGGAACCCUGACCAUCGUCCUGCUCGCCAUGAACAAAAUUGAAGGGGACAACAUCAGCGGCGUGUGCUUCGUCGGCCUCUAUGAUGUGGAUGCCUUGAGAUACUUUGUCCUCGCUCCCCUCUGCUUAUACGUGGUGGUUGGCGUUUCUCUGCUCCUUGCCGGCAUCAUCUCCUUGAAUCGGGUCCGGAUUGAAAUCCCUUUAGAGAAGGAGAAUCAGGACAAGCUGGUGAAGUUCAUGAUUCGGAUCGGCGUCUUCAGCGUCCUCUACCUUGUGCCCCUCUUGGUGGUGAUCGGCUGCUAUUUUUAUGAGCAGGCUUAUCGAGGUGUGUGGGAAACAACAUGGAUCCAGGAAAGGUGCAAAGAAUAUCACAUCCCCUGCCCUUAUCAGGUCACCCAGAUGAGCCGCCCAGACUUGAUCCUCUUUCUGAUGAAGUAUUUGAUGGCUCUUAUAGUGGGCAUCCCAUCUGUCUUCUGGGUUGGAAGCAAGAAGACCUGCUUUGAGUGGGCCAGCUUCUUCCAUGGGCGCAGGAAAAAAGAGAUGGUGAAUGAGAGCCGGCAGGUGCUGCACGAGCCCGACUUUGCCCAGUCGCUGCUGAGGGACCCCAACACCCCCAUCACCCGCAAAUCCAGAGGCACCUCCACCCAGGGGACGUCCACCCACGCCUCCUCGACCCAGCUGGCCAUGAUGGACGACCAGCGGAGCAAAGCCGGCAGCGUCCACAGCAAAGUCAGCAGCUACCACGGCAGCCUGCACAGGUCGCGGGACGGCAGGUAUACUCCCUGCAGCUACCGUGGGAUGGAGGACCGGCUCCCUCAUGGCAGCAUGUCCCGGCUGACCGACCACUCCAGGCACAGCAGCUCCCACCGGCUCAACGACCAGUCGCGCCACAGCAGCACCAGGGACCUCAGCGGCAACCCGGCGACCCACAUCACGCACGGCACGAGCAUGAACCAGGUUAUCGAAGAGGACGGGGCCAGCGCGUGA